AUGUCUAGUAAAGUCACAGUUGACAUCUCACAGGGCAUCGCGACCAUAACCUUGAACCAGCCCAAAACGCUGAAUGCCCUGUUACCUGAGGAUUAUGAUGCCCUUGCUAACUCUCUGAGGGAGAUAGACAAGAACGAUGAUGUAGUGAUCACUGUGUGGCAAGCCAGUGGAAAGUGGUUUUGUGCCGGAACCAAUGUAAAUCGUAGCGAAGAAAAGGAGAUUGAGCCUACUAUUCGAGAUAACUUUUAUGCCCGAGUGGUGCGAGCCAACACAGAUUGUGGACAUGCUCUUUACAGCCAUAGCAAGAUUCUUGUUGCCGCGCUCAAUGGUCCUGUCAUGGCGUUCCUUGGAAACUUUGACUUCAUCUACGCCUUACCCAGCGCCUGGCUAGCCGUCCCAUUCACCUUCUUAGGUAUCAUAGCAGAAGGGUGCUCGAGCGUUACAUUUGUCAACCGAAUGGGCGUCGCAAAGGCGAACGAAGUCCUCAUAUGGGGAAAGAAGAAGACGGCCCAGGAGCUGCUUGAGUGUGGGUUCAUCAACACCAUAUUCCCAGAUCAGUCUACAGAAUCAUUCCACACCGCCGUGCGCGCGCAUCUUCUCAGCGAGCUAGAGGGCCUCGACACAGCGGCUGUGCUAACGGUCAAGUUGCUCAUCAAAGCUGGGCUGAGGGAGAAGAACGAUCCUAAUUCGGUGAAUCUAAGGGAGAGUUAUGCGCAGGCUGAGAGGUUUUCGAGCGGGAUACCCCAAGUGCGGUUUGGGAAGAUUAAGAGGAAGGAGGUUAGGCAUAAGCUAUGA